AUGGGAGCUGCCCUACAGUUUGUAGGAACGUGGUACAGUGUGGGAUUGGCCUCUAUCUUCCCCUGGUUCCUGAAAAAGAAGGCAGAGCUGAUGAUGUGCAAGACCAUCCUGAUUCCACAAGCCGAUGGAGCAGUCAACUUCACCGCCACCUUUGUCAGCAGCAACCUGUGCGAAACUCGAAGCUCACUCCUGAGGAAGACCCAGCAGCCAGGACACUACAUUUACAAAAGCAUCAAGUUGGGGAGUGAACACAACAUCUUUGUGGUGGAAACCAACUGUGAAGAAUACUCCCUGCUGUAUAGCACUAAAACCAAAGGCAACAGUAACUUCAACAUGGCAACUCUCUACAGCAGAACCAAGGAUGUGAGACCUGAGCUGAAGGAGAGGUUCAUCAUGUUUGCCAAGUCCCAUGGCUUCACAGAAGACACCAUUGUCAUCCUGCCCAAAACUGAUCAGUGUGUCGAUGAAAACUAA